AACGCGUCGAGCCGCGCCAUGGGGGCCGAGGCCGCGGAGGCCCGGCCGGCGCUGCGGGAGUUGGUGCGCGAAGCCGAGACCAGCCUGCUGGAGUGCAAGGUGUGCUUUGAGAGGUUCGGCCACCGUCAGCAGCGGCGGCCGCGCAACCUGCCCUGUGGCCACGUGGUCUGCCUGGCCUGCGUGGCCGCGCUGGCGCACCCGCGGACGCUGGCUCUCGAGUGCCCCUUCUGCCGGCGAGCCUGCCGCGGCUGCGACACGAGCGACUGCCUGCCGGUGCUGCACCUGCUGGAGCUGCUGGGCUCCGCGCUGCGCCCGUCGCCAGCUGCCCAGCGCGCCGGCCCCAGUGCGCCCGGGGCCCUCAGCUGCCACCAAGCCUUCGGCGGCUGGGGGACGCUGGUCAACCCCACCGGGCUGGCGCUGUGCCCCAAGACGGGGCGGGUGGUGGUGGUGCACGACGGCAAGAGGCGGGUCAAGAUCUUUGACUCCGCGGGAGUGUGCGCGCAUCAGUUUGGGGAGAAGGGGGACGCAGCCCAGGAUGUCAAGUACCCCCUGGAUGUCACCGUCACCAACGACUGCUACGUGGUUGUCACCGACGCCGGCGACCGCGCCAUCAAAGUGUUCGACUUUUUUGGCCAGAUCAAGCUGGUGCUCGGGGGCCAGUUCUCCUUGCCCUGGGGCGUGGAGACCACCCCGCAGAACGGCGUCCUGGUCACUGACGCCGAGGCAGGGUCCCUGCACCUCCUGCAAGUCGACUUUGCCGAGGGGCUCCUCCGGGGAACGCAGCUCUUGCAGGCGUCUCUGUGCAGCCCUCGCGGGGUGGCCGUGUCCUGGCUCACCGGGGCCGUGGCCGUGCUGGAGCGGCUGGCCGGCAGCGCCAGGGUGAAGGUGUUCAGUUCCAGGAUGCAGCUCCUCAGCCAGGUGGACACCUUUGGGCUGAGCCUCUUCCACCCUUCCCGGGUAGUCGCCUCGGCCGUGACCUUUGAUCACCAGGGGAACGUGGUCGUCACAGAGACCUCUGGUCCCGCUGUCCUGUGCCUAGGAAAACCCGAGGAGUUCCCAGCUGUGAAGCCCAUGAUCAGUCACGGGCUUUGCCACCCCGUGGCGCUGGCCUUCACCAAGGAGAAUUCUCUUCUCGUGCUGGACUCUGCAUCCCACUCUGUCAACGUUUAUAAAGCUGACUGGGGCUGAGGGGGUGUCGGGAUCCCGGAGCAGCCGCGAGUGAUCUGCCUAACCCUGCAUAAGUCAACUCUUCUCAUCCAGGCAGGCAGGGAAAAUUGUAACUGCCUGGUAGGCUCAGAAAAGUUGGGGGCAGUUACUAAGGAGUAAUUAAAUCUACCAUUUAUUGAAUGCCUACCCCCCAGUGCUGAGAAAUUUGUGACUAUUGGAUCAUUUAAUCCGGGAUGCCCGGUGAGGUUAAUGUCUAAAACUAAUCCCAUCUCAGAGAUGAGAAAACUGAGACCCAGAGAGCUUAAAUGACUUCCCCAAGGUCACAGUCACCUAGGGGACAGUCACAGAUUGGCCCCAGUCCUGGCUUCAAAACCCCUUGCUCUUAAAUAAUAGAUGUGAGUAGAUAUGGUUGCUAAGUGUGUUUACAAGUAGCUAAGUAGUUAGAUGCACAAAGAAAGGAGACUUUGUAGAGUACAGGAGAAAAAGGAUUUUGUGAUGGGCAUCAGCGUGUCAACUUGCAAUCCCUCUGACGGAAUAGAGGUAUGUGAAUAGGAAAAACAGCAGACCGUGGCUUUUAGUGCCUGUCUCUCCCCUGUAGGCACUCAGGAAACGCCACUGUUGUCUGGUUGAGAAGGGCUUGUGUUGGUGGAGACCGUGCCAGAGGGUGGGCCGAAACUCCCGUUCUCUCCAUCACCACAAUAGGUUCAUGGCAGAAGUGAUUUGCUGGCCAUUUUAUCAUCAGUGGGCAUCGGAAGCACGUUGCAAUGGGGGCUUUUCUCUGUGCAAUUUAAAUUUCAUCUCUGCCUUGGAAACACUGUGUACUCAAUGAACAGUUCCCCUAAUCCUUUUAGGCCCCUGGUAAACACUUAAAUACUUCUUCAGUUGAAGUGUAGCCUUGACCAAGGUAAUACCAGCUUAAUGUUGAGACUGAGUAAAUGAAUGGGUGGAAAUCGCAAGGGAAGUGGCGGGUUCUUUCUAAGGUGUGUGUUUUUAGCUGGCGCAAACAUCUUAGAGUUUAGGGCUACACGAACAGUAGCAAAGAACCAGCACCUCAACAGCAGCAGAAGUAGUUGCUCAGGGAGGAAACAAUUUCUCAGUGAGAGUUUGCUCUAGGUAAUAGCUGAUGAUUAUCAACAAAGCAAUAUUCUGUUUAUGCAGAGUUUUAAUAGGUAAGUACAUGCUAGAGACAGUUUCCAAAUUAUGAGUCAUGUAUGUUCCAAAGACUGUAAUUCUGUCUUUUGGAGCUAAAAGUGAGAGCAUGCCCCCAUGCCAGUCCCAAGAGCCCGUUUGCCCUCAGUGUUCCUGUCACGUAUUACUAAUGAUGAGACGUCAGCCACGGUGGCCCACCAUUUGUGACUGUAUUCCAAGCAGGAGUUUCAGGGGCAGAUCAAUCCUACACACCCCUGGGAAGUUACCCUUAGGUUGAUGACAUCACAGAUAGUCCGAGGAAAAGCUGGAGAGGUAAGUUCAGAUUUGAUAGGACAACCAAGAAUUGAGCUUAAAACAUUUUCCCUAGGGACACUGAUAUUACAGAGUCUCAGGGUCAGUUGAGCCAGUUCAAGAGAUGUUCUCUUUGAAAUUAGCAAUGACAGCAUCUGUAACUAGUUAGUUGGCCCUCCAUACCUAGGGGUGGGUUCCACGUCCAUGGCUUCAACCAACCCACAUAGAAAAUAAGUGAAAGGGCCUGUGUUGUGUUUUUAACAAGUUAAGCAAUCGCCUGCUAUGCUGGCAUCCCAUAUGGGCACCGGUUCGAGUCCUAGCUGCUCCAUUUCUGAUCCAGUUCCCUGCUAAUGUGCCUGGGAAAGCAGCGGAAGAUGGCCAAGUGCAUGAGCCCUUACACCCACGCGGGAGACCUGGAAGAAGCUCCUGGCUUCAGCCUGACACAGUGCCAGCUGUUGCGGCCCCUUGGGGAGUCAACCAACGGAUUGAAGAACUCUCUCUCUGUUUCUCCCUCUCUUUCUCUGUAAC